UGUUUUGUCCACAGAAACCAACAGGAGAGAUCAGAGUCAGAGAUUCUCAGUGGUCAGUCUUCCCAGAGUCAUCAAACAGACCUGGCCUCCAUAUUCAGUAUGCUUGAAGAUAAAAUUAUGACAUUUGUGAAGAACGAGCUGAAGAUGUUCAAGAGGAUUCUUAGUCCAGAACUCCCAGAAGGCUUUGAGAGUCAGAAGCAGGAUAAGGAAGUGGUGGAUGCUGAAGAUGAGCAGCAGGAGAGCAGUGCCAGAGAGGGGGCUCUGAAGAUCACACUGCACAUCCUGAGGAAAAUGAACCAGAAGGAGCUUGCUGACACACUGGAGAAAUAUUCAGAUGAGCUUGCUGUGAUUUGCCAACGUGAACUCAAAUCUAAUCUAAAGAAGAAGUUUCAAUGUGUAUUUGAGGGGAUCGCUAAACAAGGAAACCCAACACUUCUCAAUAAGAUCUACACAGAGCUCUACAUCACAGAGGGUGGAACAGGAGAGGUCAAUAAUGAACAUGAGCUGAGACAGAUUGAGACAACAACCAGGAAACAAGCAAGACCAGAGACUGCAAUCAAAUGUAAUGACAUCUUCAAACCCUUAACUGGACAAGACAAACCUAUCAGAACUGUGCUGACAAAGGGGAGUCGCUGGCAUUGGAAAAACAGUCUCUGUGCAGAAGUUCAUUCUGGACUGGGCUGAAGGAAAAGCAAAUCAGGAUGUCCAAUUUGUAUUUUCAAUCCCUUUUCGGGAGCUGAAUUUGAUGAAAGAGGACAAACACACUUUCAUUGAACUUCUCAAUCACUUCUCAAUGGAAACCAAACAAUCAAGAAUCUCCAUCUACAACAAGUACAAAGUUCUGUUCAUAUUUGACGGUCUGGAUGAGUGCCGACUGCCCCUAGACUUCCAGAAGAACAAGAUCUGUUGGGACGUCACAGAGUCAACCUCAGUGGAUGUUCUGCUGACAAAUCUCAUCAAGGGAAAUCUGCUUCCCUCUGCUCUCCUCUGGAUAACUACCCGACCUGCAGCAGCCAAUAAGAUCCCUUCAGGGUGUGUUGACCAGGUGACAGAGGUACGAGGGUUCAAUGACCCACAGAAGGAGGAGUACUUCAGGAAGAGAUUCAGUGAUGAGGACCUGGCCAGCAGAAUCAUCUCACACAUAAAGACAUCAAGGAGCCUCCACAUCAUGUGCCACAUUCCAGUCUUCUGUUGGAUUUCUGCAACAGUCCUUGAACACAUGCUGAAACAUAAGAGAGAAGAGAUGCCCAAGACUCUGACUGAGAUGUACACACACCUUGUGGUGUUUCAUACCAAACAGAAGAAUGCAAAGUAUCUUGUGAAAGAAGAGACAGGUCCACACUGGAAUAAAGAGAGCAUUCUGUCACUGGGAAAACUGGCUUUUCAACAGCUUGUGAAUGGCAAUCUGAUUUUCUAUGAAGAAGACCUGGAGGAGGCUGGCAUUGAUGUCAAUGAAGCCUCAGUGUACUCAGGAUUGUGCACACAGCUCUUUAAAGAGGAAUGUGUGCUGUACCAGGACAAGGUGUACUGCUUUGUUCAUCUGAGCAUUCAGGAGUUUCUGGCUGCUGUAUAUGUGUUCCUCUCAUUCAUCAACAACAAUGAGAAUCUAAUGGACAAACUGCAAACAAAGUCCAGUGUCUUUUCUUCACUGUUCAGAGAAAAGUUACUGAAGUUACUUUCUACAAGAGUG